GGCGCUGUUGAGUUUGCCCAUCUUGACUUCGCUCUUACUACCACUCACAAAAAGUCGCCUUGAUCGCCAACCUCAGAUCCGAGCGUAACUCUCAGCUUCAACUACGAUCCUUGAACCCCCUCCGCCACCACCACUGCCACCACCAGUAUGGCCUUGCGAGCCUCCCUCCCAAGGCGCAGCGCCCUAGACAGCCUCCUGACGAAGCGACCAACCGACGUCGUCAUCACCACUGCGCUGCGUACACCCAUCGCUCGAAUGGGCAAGGGCUUCAAGCAUAUGUACCCCGAAGAGCUCCUCUCCCACGUCUACACCCACACACGCAAGCGCCUGGAGUCACGCGGCAUCGACCUCGAACUCAUCGAAGAUGUUUGCGCAGGAACGGUUCUCGCUGAGCUUGGAGGUGCCAAAUCCGGUCGCUUGGCCGCCCUACACUCCGGUCUACCCAUCAGUGCCGCCUACCGUACGACGAACAGGCAAUGCGCUUCAGGCUUGCAGAGUAUCAGUGAUAUAGGCGCAGCAAUCCAGACGGGCAGCAUCAAGUGCGGAGUAGCCGCCGGAUUCGACUCGAUGAGUCGCGAUUGGGAGACAAAGGCCAUUCCCGUCAAACUCUCGCCGGCGAUGAAGGACAGCCCAGUGCAGGAGGCUCGCGAUUGUUUGAUGAGCAUGGGUCUGACGAGUGAGAAUGUUGCGGAGCGCUACGGGGUGGGAAGGGACAGGCAGGACGCUUUUGCGGCGCAAAGUCAUCAGAGAGCUGGCAAAGCGCAGAAGGAUGGGAGGUUGGGAGGCGAGAUCGUACCUAUUGAGGUCAGAUGGGUCGAAGAGGAUGGAAGCGAGACAAAGAGAGUGGUCGAGCAUGAUGAGGGCAUCAGACAUGGCACUACGGUCGAGAAAUUGUCGACCCUCAAACCCGUAUUCAAAGCCGACGGCUGCUCCACCGCAGGCAACUCCUCCCAAGUGUCAGACGGGGCAGUCGCCCUCACCCUCUGCCGUCGCGACCUCGCCGAAAGCUCAGGAAUGGAGGUGCUAGGCAAGUGGGUCGGUACAAGCGUUGCCGGGGUCAGGCCAGACGAAAUGGGUAUUGGACCUGCCAAGAGCACGCCCAAGUUGUUGGAACGAUAUGGCUUGGGCGUAGGGGAGGUGGAUCUUUGGGAGAUCAACGAGGCCUUCGCCUCACAAAUCCUGAUGACAAUCGAUUCCCUCGGUCUCGACGAGUCCAAGGUCAACGUCAAAGGCGGCGCGAUCAGCCUAGGUCAUCCAUUAGGGGCAUCUGGUGGAAGACUGGUCACAUCAUUGUUGAGCGAGCUCAGGAGGACGGGCCAGAAGGUAGGAGUAGCCGCCUUAUGCUGCGGAACGGGCUACGGGGUGUCAAGUCUGUUCGUUGCGGAGUGAGGAUCGGGCGAUCAGUGGGCCGAGCGAGGAAGAGCCUAUUGCAAAUAGGGACCAGCUUUUCAUGCCCACAGCGUCACUGAUCACCGGGAGCGUCACCUCCGCCGUGACAACUCGCUGCGUCGCUACGUAGCUUGCAUCAUGGCCUGUGCGAGUGAAUGAGCCGUGAGCUGUUCCCUGCUCUUGAUCACACCGUUGGGGCAAGGGUCGCGCCCACGCCGAUGUGCCGACGGACUGAUCCUUUCUAACUCUGUCUGCUCUUCAGAUCCGCCCAUGUGUGAACGUGCAGCCACCACGAGCUUAUGCGAGCUCUGGGAGCGUCGCAGAGGUGGCGCAACUGCGUGACCGGGCGAGUGCGUGCGUUGCGAUGGAAAUACGAUGAGGAUGAUGAGGAUAAUGAUGGCUCGCAACAUCGCCUUUUAUUGAUCAUCCUGCUCGAUGGUACAAUGACGAUGACUG